CAUCGGUCUAUGGCGGCCACAACACUGCAUGUAACGUUCCCAUGUUGCACAGGCUACUGAAAAAGGCCAUAAAUAGUUGAAGGCAAUGUUUUAAUUGUUUAUUAAAGCUCUGAAUAUGGGGGACAUUGUGUGCGAACAGCUCCAUCUAAUACGCCCUUCUUAUGACGCAUAAUUUAUGGGGCUCGCUGGGACGUGAAGAAGGAUCAAGAAGAUCUUCAGGAAUCUGUUUGGAUAAAUGCAAAAACUGGAUAAAAUCGGGUUCAUUCAUCCUCGGUAACCGUGCGGAAUUAAAAGGAUGGCUGGAAUUUGUAACAGUUCAACAUCUGGAAUUGGUGACAUCAUCCAACUAAAUGUCGGUGGAACGAGAUUUAGCACGUCAAGACAGACUCUGACAUGGAUCCCUGACUCUUUCUUCUCAAGUUUACUUAGUGGGAGAAUAUCAACGCUACGGGAUGAAACUGGAGCUAUAUUUAUUGACAGAGACCCAACAACAUUUGCCCCUAUUUUAAACUUCCUUCGAACAAAAGAAUUAGACUUAAGGGGGGUUAACAUAAGCAUCCUGAGACAUGAAGCGGAGUUCUAUGGUAUUACACCUUUAGUUCGACGUUUACUUCUUUGUGAAGAACUGGAACGAUCUUCAUGUGGAAGUGUGCUCUUUCAUGGCUACCUCCCUCCACCAGCUAUCCCAGCCCGGAGCGCUGCUGGUGGACAGGCUGCAGGCCAGGAAGAGCGUUCGGUUCCCAGUGGAGCAGAGGGGAGUUUCCCACGUUCUUGCCCACAGUCUUCUCUCCCUGGGCCCUGUGGGGCAGAUGGACCUCAAAGACUGGGAUCACCAGUCGACCCUAGGAAGGUGCUGAUUGUCGCUGGCCAUCAUAACUGGAUUGUAGCUGCCUAUGCACAUUUUGUCAUUUGUUACAGGAUAAAGGAAUCAUCUGGCUGGCAGCAGGUGUUCUCCAGCCCAUACCUGGACUGGGCCAUUGAGCGGGUGGCCCUCAAUGCUAAAGUAGUGGGCGGGCCACAUGGAGACAAAGAUAAGAUGGUUGCAGCAUCUUCUGAGAGCAGCAUUAUACUCUGGAGUAUCCAGGAUGGAGGGAGUGGAAGUGAAAUAGGUGUGUUCAGCCUUGGGGUGCCUGUUGACUCCUUGUUUUUCAUUGGGAGUCAACUUGUUGCCACCAGUCACACAGGAAAGGUAGGAGUGUGGAAUGCCGUCACCCAGCAUUGGCAGGUGCAGGAUGUAGUGCCCAUUACAAGCUGUGACACUGCUGGCUCCUUCCUCUUGCUUGGCUGUAACAAUGGCUCAAUUUAUUAUAUCGAUGUGCAGAAGUUUCCACUGAGAAUGAAGGACAAUGACUUGUUGGUGACAGACCUGUACCACGACCCAUCCAAUGAUGCUAUCACAGCCCUCAGUGUCUACCUAACUCCUAAAACCAGUGUGAGUGGGAACUGGAUUGAGAUUGCUUAUGGAACCAGCUCAGGGGCCGUGCGUGUUAUCGUACAGCAUCCAGAGACUGUAGGAUCUGGACCACAGCUCUUCCAGACCUUCACUGUCCACCGCAGCCCCGUCACUAAGAUCAUGCUCUCUGAGAAGCACUUAGUGUCAGUGUGCGCUGACAACAACCACGUACGCACAUGGACGGUGACACGGUUCAGAGGCAUGAUCUCCACCCAACCAGGAUCUACUCCACUGGCAUCCUUUAAGAUCAUCUCACUGGAGGAGACGGAGAGCCACAGCAGCUAUUCCUCUGGCAAUGACAUUGGUCCAUUUGGAGAGAGAGACGACCAGCAGGUGUUCAUUCAGAAAGUCAUUCCCAUUACCAACAAACUCUUUGUUCGUCUUUCCUCUACUGGGAAAAGGAUCUGUGAAGUGCAGGCGGUAGACGGCACCACCAUCACAUGUUUCACAGUGCGAGAGUGUGAGGGCUCCAGCCGUAUGGGCUCCAGACCCCGCCGUUACCUCUUCACUGGCCACGCAAAUGGCAGCAUUCAGAUGUGGGACCUAAGUACAGCCAUGGACACGGUCAACAAAAGCGACGACAAGAGCAAGCGGGAGCCAGAGGUGGGAGGUCCAACUGAAGAGGAGCUGCUGAAGCUCCUUGACCAAUGUGAUUUGAGCACAUCUCGUUGUGCCACGCCCAACAUCAGCCCUGCCCCCUCUGUGCUGCAACAUAGCCGACUACGGGAGUCCUCCUCCAGUCUUCAAUUGCAGGCUCAAGAGCCUAUCCCUGAGACAGCCACUUACGGAGCCCUGCGCCCAUACAGAGAGAGCCCCUUACUAGCCCGUGCUCGACGCACAGAGAGCUUCCACAGCUACCGAGACUUCCACAGCCUAAAUCUGACCAAGGCCCUGCUGGAGAACACCGGACAGUGUGGAUCCACUGAGGAAGAGAUGCGGCCAUCUACGGGGGAGAGCAUUGCUGAGGAUAGUGAGAAAAGGAACUCCACCACGGAGCUUUGGGGGAGCAGAGUGUCUGAAACCCAGUCUGCAGCUGCACGCAAACCCCCAGACAGCCCUGCAGACCAGCGAAGGAGGUCCCAUUUGAUGGAUGAGGGGUCUUUGGAGUGCAGACCAGAGGGAGGGAGGAGGAGAGGGGCAUUUGAAACAAAUUUUCUGGGUAGAAAAAAGGCACCUCCUGUUCCGCAACUGAGCUCCCCACCUGCAGGGGCCGAUGGAGCGAGCAGUGACUCAUCCAGCACUGCCUCCCCAUCUCCAACUAAACUGUCCACAUCUCCACGCCAUCGCAAGGACCCUGAAAGUGCAUGUGAGUGAUGGUUUACACUGAUUUGUGACUCACUUUGACCCUGUAGCAAAUUUUGAGUUUAUUCAGUAAAGUCUCUGCAAAUAUUUAAAUGUUUAUACUUCAGCAGUGGUUUGGAGUAGAAACUUUAAUUAUGCUAUUAGUCAGCAGGGGCUUUCCUUUUAUCUAUAGUGCAAAUCAAAUGUGUUUCUGGGUCAAAGUGACUCAGAAUGACGAAUCAGGACGCAUGUUUUAAACAGAAGUCAUUCCACAUAUAAUAAUGUCGAUGACUGGCUGAUUUCAGGAGUGUUUCAUCAUAGAAGGGUUAAUGUGAAUGUUAAUGAGUUAGAAAGGAUAUCAGCUGGCAGCUAAAAACCUCAACUACUGUGGACAAAAUUAAAGGGAAAAUAGACAGUACAGAAACUGUUUUUUUCCUCACGUUUCCUUCACUCAGAGGAAAGACGAAGGCAUAAUCAUGGCUAAUUUUGUUUUGUGAAAACAUCAUGUGCUUUUGUCACUUCGACCAUCUGGGCCUCAUUCUCUUCCUGGCUUUGCCAAGUGUUUAAGCUUAGGUUAUAUUUGCUUAUGUUUGACUUUUCAUUCAUUAAUUUAAAUUUACCAACAAGCUAUACAUGAAACAAUUGUUUACGAUGAGCUGUGAAUAGAAGAAAAUGUUAAAUGAUCAUAUCACAUAACAUUUGCAGUUUUUUCUGCAUGCACCUUUGAUGCAAAAUAUAAAAAAAUAAUUUUAUCCAAUUUUUUUGCAUAUUAAUGGAAUGAUACAAUGCUGUUGCUACUAUCCACUAACGGUACCUUUCUAAACACUGCAAUGCACUUUAUUGUCUAUCAUUAUUUGUCAGUUUAUAAUGAAAUGGGGAUUCAGCGGAUAAACUACAAAUAAUGAACAGGUUUGAAAUGAAGGUUAGAAUUCCGUGUUGCCAUGAGGGAUGCAGGAAUGAUAAGCCUUUAAUAUUACAUUUCAUAAAAGGGACUUUUACUUGCUCUAGACAUUUUGGAAUUUAUUCAGUGCCUUUUACUAAUUUGGAUAGCUUCUGUUCUUGUGAGAUAAGCAUUUUUUUUCUCUCUUUCACCCUUUCUCAUAGACGUGCAACUUAUUUAAGUGAAACCAAAAUAACAGACUUUUAGACAACUGUAUUACUGGAGUUACAGAUUAAAAUGCCCAAAUCUAAACAUCAGCAUCAUGCAUUAUUUUAACCAUCACAGAUUGACUGAAUUAAUUAUUAUAUAACUUACAGGUACUUCACCUGGAAGUUAUAUAACCAUUAAUUCAGUCAAUUUAUAAUAUAAUAAAUAGUAUAUUUAGUAUAAAUUCUGUGCUAGUAGGAAUCGCAAAAAUCAUUGUUUCCAAACAGGUUUCCCAAACACUUCUAAUGCCUCUUUGGACCCGACCCCCCCAUCUGCCAUUGUUUGAUUAAACAGGUACUGUAGUUCUAUCAGAAAGACUAAAGAAUUUUGGAAUACCAUGAAAAGAUACUUGUAUCAUUUGGCGUAAGCCCCGUCUUACGGUUUAGCGCUCUGAUGCUGCUUAAACCAUCAGAUCCUGCCAGAGGCAAUAACGGCAGGGGAGCGGAGCUUACUCCUGCCCAGGACGGGACCUAAACUGGUGGAGUUGGGAUGGGAUGGGGGGUGAAAACACGGAACUAUGCGAAAAAUGAGAGGCACCUGGCAGGCUUAUAAAGCGGAGGCUGUAUUGUGAUUGGAUGUGAUGCCUGAUAAAUGAAUCCCGAGAUCUUCCUGCUAGAACUACACUUACGUUUACAUUUCCAUCCCAAACUCACAGCAUUGGUUUUGGGUGCACCACAGAGCCACAUUUUACACUUUUGGGAAGUCAUCCUAUGAAAUGACUUGUAGUUUUAGAAGUAAACUUAUAGUUAAUAUAGUAAUUUAGUUCACUAAACUUAGUGUUUGCACAUUAAACUAGGAUAAGGAAAGUUUCUGUAAGAUUGAAAAAGUAACCACUUUUAAGUCUAAUACUAAAAACUCAAUAAUUUAACUUGGAUAAUUUUUAGCUUUCUGAUAUUAUACUAAAGCUCUAAUGAACAGUUUUUCAGACAGUUCACAAAUUAGUGUAAGUGAUUUUUUCACAUAGAACUUUUAGGUUAAUUGAAUUGCACAUUUGUUAACAUCAAUAAAUGCAUUUGGUAUCACAAUGAACAAUAUUAUUUAAAGCAUUCAUUAAUCUCGGUUAAUAUUAAUUUUAAUUUGAGAAAAUACUAUUGUACAUUGUUAGUUCAUGUUUAGAUCCUAAUGCAUUAAAUAAUGUUACAAUUAUUGAAAUUAACAUUAUCCAAGAUUAAUAAAUGCUGUUAAAGUUUUGUUCAUGUUGUUAGUUCAUGUUAACUAAUGAAGUUAAAAAAUGUUAAUGAAAACAACCUUAUUGAAAAGUGUUACCAAAAUCAAAACUUGAAAUUAGUAAAUUUGUGAUAAAACACUCAAGGCACCCAGGCAAGCAGCUCUCUCACAAAACAUAAUAAAUGAUCAAAAAUAACAAUACUAAUUAAUAUUAAUAAUAUACUAAUUAAUUAAUAAUAAUAAUAAAAUAAAAAAGUUUUGAAGACAGUUGCAUGUUUUAAUAUAAUAACAUACAAUUUGGACUAAUGGAUUAGGUCUGCAUUAGGUCUGAACAGGCCUCCUAAAUCAUCAUGCUUUGAAUAUCACAAAGCAUAAAUUUAUCAUUUGCAUUCAAAUUGUAAAGAUUUGUUUAUAUUUGACAUGAAGCUAAUUUUAUUUUGACUGAUGCGCAUAGUCACUUUCUUUACUAUCCUUUACACUUUGUGUACAAGUUUCAUGCCUCCACAGAGAAAUAUACAGUAUAAAUCUAUAUUUCAAUGAUGGAUAUCCAAUAUAGGUUAUUAAUGUUAAUCUAUGUUACUAAGUGAGGUUAUUGCUUAUAUUGUUUUAUAUCUGAAUCAUAGCCAUUAACAAAGUACUUAAUAGAAAUUAUAUGAAGUUAUAAGGUCCCACAUUUCAACUAUGCUAUGCAACCAGUCAAUCAUUUUCAUGGUGACAGUGCUGACUGUAGGCUAUAUAGCUGAAUGAAUUAAAGAAUUCUCAUUUGACACUUCCUAAAGAAAUAAGUAGUUCAUAUUUUCUGGAAUCCUGGAAGUCAUUUUACAAUUUCCUAUUUUGUUGUGAUUGGUUAGCACCUACAUGUAGGUUAUUAUUACAACAUGGUAUGAAGCCUGAAACAAUUUCUGAUUAAUAUGCACUAAUGAUUUAUCAAGACUUUGACCAUUAGUCUAAUAUAUUGUAUGCAUAACUGGUCAAUACAUUUUUUGUUUUGUUUUAUCGAAUAUAGGCUUUUCAUGCCAUUGAUCAUUUCAGGUUGUCUGAGAUGUUUCAAUGUUAAGGAAUGUUUUAUCGACAAGAGUGUAAUACUUUAUGCUUGCUAUCAGAAAUACUGUCACAACCUGAUUUCUGUGUGUUUUCAGCCUGUUACUGUAUGCAAGAUGGCUCAAUAAAUGAUGUUUUAUCUAACAAGAAUAGUUGUAGAUAAACUGGCCUGCUACUAAACAUGGAUCAUGUUAUAUGAUGCGUGUCUAAAAGUACAGGUGUGGAAUCGGACUGAAACUCUUAUUGGUACGUGCUCUACAUACUGGUACUCAGUUUCUGUACAUUUCCAAUGACACAAUAAAGUAACCAAAUGUA